AUGACCAAAGACAAUACCACAUCAUUCCCCUCGCACGCCAUCUACGAGCCACGCCGGACAUUAAAAGUGCUGGUCAUAGGGGCUGGUGCGUCCGGUCUAUUAUUAGCAUACAAACUACAGCGGCACUUUGAUUGUGUGGAAAUCACGGUGUUUGAGAAGAACCCCGCAGUGUCCGGCACUUGGUUUGAGAAUCGAUAUCCGGGAUGUGCCUGUGACGUUCCUUCGCAUUGCUAUACAUGGUCCUUCGAGCCCAACCCCAACUGGUCCGCCAACUACGCUGGAGCCGACGAGAUUCGACAAUACUUUGUCGAUUUCUGCCAUCGCCACGACUUGCAGAAAUAUAUCCAUCUGGAACAUGAGGUGGUCCACGCAGCGUGGAAGUCGGAGACUGGCCACUGGGAGGUGCAAGUGCGCGAUAUACAACACAAUUCUCACACACAGCAUACUGCGCAUAUCUUGAUUAAUGCUACUGGAAUACUGAAUCAAUGGAAGUGGCCAUCCAUUCCCGGAUUACAGUCGUUCCAGGGAGAUCUUUUGCACAGUGCAGCAUGGGACUCGUCAGUCAAUCUAGAGGAUAAAACGGUCGCUGUCAUUGGAAACGGAUCAUCCGGAAUCCAGAUUGUCCCAGCGAUUCUACCCCAAGUGCGCAAACUCGUGCACUUUACUCGUCAAGCGGCAUGGGUCGCACCUCCAGUCAAUGAAGAGUAUCAGGAAUACUCGCCCGAACAGAUCGAACGCUUUCGCUCAGACCCAACAUACCUGCUUGGGGUUCGUCGACAGAUUGAAGCACGGAUGAACGGCUCAUUUCUGAAAUUCAUCCAAGGCUCAGACAUGCAACGUCGUGCACACGAGUAUGUCAUGCUGCACAUGAUGAAGAGACUGGACGGAGACGCCUCCCUGGCAGAGACCUUGGUACCAACCUUCCCAUUUGGCUGUCGAAGACCGACGCCAGGAACCGGGUAUCUCGAAGCACUGAAGGACUCGAAAGUGGAAACAAUUACCGGAGCCCGAAUCGCGAAUGUGACGGGUAACCAGGUGGUCCUCGAGAAUGGCACGUCGUAUACGGUGGAUGCGAUUGUGUGCGCCACGGGAUUCGAUACGUCUUACAAACCACGAUUCCCACUGGUCGGCAGAGACAGCACCACUCUCAGCGAGGCCUGGAAGGACGAAGUGUCUGCAUAUCUGGGGCUUACAGUUCCUGGAUUUCCCAACUAUUUUUCCAUCUUGGGACCGAACUGUCCGGUGGGUAACGGGCCGGUGUUGAUCAGUAUCGAAAAACAGGUCGAAUAUAUUGUUCAGGUACUGGGGAAAAUGCAGAAGGAGAAUCUACAGUCAUUUGAAGUCCGGCGGACGGCAACAGACUCGUUUAACCAAUGGAAGGAUGCAUUCAUGCAAAACACGGUGUGGACGAGUGGUUGUCGCAGCUGGUAUCAGAAUGGCUCGAAAGGGAACCAGAUCGUGGCUCUCUGGCCUGGAUCCACGUUGCACUAUUUGGAGGCGAUUCAGCAUCCACGAUACGAGGACUACAUCUGGACCAGUCCACCUGGUGUCAAUCCAUGGGCCUUUCUAGGCAACGGGCAGAGUACGGCCGAAACCCGUCCCGGAGGCGACACGAGUUGGUAUCUGCGUUCGAAAGAUGAUUCAUUUAUAGAUCCAUGUCUGAGACAGCUUUAG